CAACACCACACGAGGGUUGCAAACCAGGAAGUAAAGUCAUUCAUAAAUAUUUCCGCGUUCAUCAACUCGGAACCAAAACACAAUAUUCGCUGAUGAGUUUCAGCAUGUCAGAAAACAGUCUAGAAGAAAGAACAGUGGAGGUGUCUGGGAUCCCUAAUGAAGUUGAGGAUGAAUUUUUGGGGUUGUUUUUUGAAAACAAGCGCCGGUCAGGAGGGGGUGUCCUUGCCUCGCUCCACAGGCAGGGCAGCCGGGCCGUUCUGAUCUUUGAGGAUGCUGAAGUUGCUAAGAGAGUGCUGUCCAGAGGGACACACAUGCUACACAAUGCUAAGCUUACCGUUCGGAAGCCAACCCCAAAGGACCCUGGGAAGGUGCUGCUUCAUGGGAUGAACGCCAGCACAGCCAAGGAAGUCAUGGAGCUCUUUGUGGAAAAUGUCACAAAGCUGGACAGCACAGAGUACCUAAUGUACCCCAGCCCAGGAAGAGACAUGUUUCUCGUACAGUUUCAGCAGCCCCUUUCAGAACAAGAGUUUAAGAGGUUGGCAGACAAGGUAAGGAAGCGUCUUCUUGAUGGAGCCAGGAUUGAAGCUGAGCAGGUUGAGAGGACCGAUUCUGUCAUUGUGGAAGGCCUGCGCUCCACCACAACCGAGGACAUGCUGGCACUCUACUUUGAAAACAAGCGUGGAGGAGGAGAAGAGGUGAGGGACGUUACCAUGGUAGCAGACGGCAUGGCCAGGGUUACCUUUGAAGACUGGGAAGCUGUGGACCGUAUUCUUCAGCGCUCCCAUAAGCUGGACGGGAGGGAUUUGUCACUCCGGCCCUAUUUCGACUUCCUUCUGCCAGGAGAAAGUCCAGCAUCGCCAAGCACUCCAAAUGGUACAGAAGAGGUGCCCACUGACGGCACAGGGCACGCUAAUGGCACAGGGCACUCUGACGGCACAGGAGAUCUGUACACAGACACUCUUGGGUGCGACACUACCAGGGAGGAUCUCACCAACAAUACCAGGGAGAUGUACCCUGACAGCCCCAAGGUUUACUCCAGCAAUAUCUUGCUCCACGACCCAGUGAAACUCAAUCUGCUGCAGUGCAGCCACUUACUGCAGGAGCUCCAGCAGGGUCACCAGGACUUUGGCAUCCAGAUUGUGGGUAAUGGGGUUCAGAUAAGCGGCCCCAGUCAACUUACGUCUGAACAGCUGAAACAACGCAUCCUGGAAGUGUUAAGCGGCAUUGCCCAGGCUCACCUGCCCUUUAGCACUGAAAAGGUCUUGUUUCUUUCUCGGUCGGAAGUGCAAGAGAGCCUGCAGAAGAGCCUGGAACAGGAAGGGAUGUUGGCCACCUACACUGUGUCAGAUUGCGCAGUCACUGUCACUGCACUCACCAUCGGCAUGGUCAAGCAGGCCUCAAGCCUGCUCAAGUCCUUGCUUUGCGACUUCACCAUACCCAUUACCACAGAGUAUGAGUGCAUGCUCUUCUCAGACGAGUGGCCCAAGUUCUUGUCGUCUUUGAGUCUUUGCUCUGUCAAGGUGUCAGAACAAGGAGAUGAGAUUAAUGUAGUGACCUUAAGAGGGCAGGAGGAGGAAACCCGAAGCAAGAUCGAGUUUUUUCUUAGCAACCCCGUUCAGCAGGAGUCUGUGAUCACUAUGGAGCCUGGUAUGCUGAGAUAUCUACAGACUCACUGCCACAUGCUUCUGGCAGACAUGAACCAGGUCACUAUAUUACCAUUAGAGGGAGAGGACAUCACAGGAUUGAGACUGCAUGGGCAAGCCAACGCCUGCCAGGCUGCGGAUGAGCUGCUCCGCAAUGUGGUGGCCUCAGUUCACACCAGAACCAUAACCCUGCAGCACCCCGGGGUCGCGCGCUUCCUUGUGGAGGAGCAGGGGACCAGCAUCCUGAACCAGAUCCAGACCAAAUUCGAGGUCGUCAUCAGCCUGGAGAGAGUGCAUUGGGUACCGCUGCAGACAGAGGAUAUAUUUGAAGAUGCAAAGAAGUUCACACCGCCACCAAGCUUUGAAAGACACCCCUCUGCAGACACGGAGUCCUUGACAAACACUGAUGAACAAACCAAUGACCUUAACAGGCCUGAGACAGGUCUUUUGGAGGAAGCCAAGAAGCUUAUCUCAGUUAUCAGAAAGGAUUCUCAUGAACUUCCCGAUACAGCAAGCAGUCCUCCCGGUACAGCGGCUGCUGGGAUCAGCAUGGACGAAGACCUCUACACUGACCAGCUGCUGCCUCUCAGCUCUUCAGACAACGAAGACAGCCUGGCAGAAAUGGAGGAGACCCCGGGGUUGACGAUGGAAGGAGAAAGCGAAGGGGCUGUGGGGGAAGAUCCAGAACUGAACUACGUCAAGCAGCUUUCCAUGGAGUCCUUACAUGUAGAUGGCGUGCUUGAGGAGGAUGCCCAACUUUCCUUGGCCAUCCAGUUCUCAAUGCAGAACAACAGCGACCCAAUGGACGACGAGGAUGAACUGCAGAAAGUUCUGGAGCUCUCCAGGAAGACGGCAGGGCAGGGCAGAACCUCUGGCACGUCAGAGCUGGAUCAAGCCCUUGUGCUUUCUAUUCAGGAUGCCAUCAAGGCUGCCCACACAGCCCAGAUUUUGGUGUAUGCAGGCUACAACACGGAUCUUAUCAGGGUAGAUAUCGCCUUGGGGAAGAAGACUGAGCUGAAACAGUGCAAGGAGACAAUUGAGAGCAAGUGCCUAAAGAAUUUAUCUGAGCACCACAGAAAUUGCAUGGCCCUGAUCGAAAGGAAGCAUGCAGUAGACAUCACCAUUCAGGGGACCACGGCCACAGUGCAGGGGUUCAAGGAGUAUGUUUUGGAGGCAGUCCCUGACAUGAACAAGCUUGUCAACUACAUUUCUGCCACGGUGCCAGACCCUGAUAUUUUGCAAAGUGUCCAGUGGGUUUGGUACAAGGAGCCAUCAAAUGCCGUCCCUUAUCCUCCCAAAGCCACUAUUUAUAUAGAGCACGCCUGGAAACAGAAACAGAAGAAGAUCGACAUUGUGUUUGAUAAGCAGCCAUGCACCAUCAGCUUUGAGAAGAUGGAGGAGUAUAACAUUGCCUCAGGGAAGACGCUGCCCAUUGCGAGGAAGCAGCUGAGCAGCAUGGACAUUUAUAGUGAUGUAACAGAAUUAGAGGAUUUGUCUGCCAUUUCCAGCAUGCCUGAUAUAGCAAGAGUGAACGAGGCGACAGAUGAGUUCCAGAAUGUGGUUCGAGCAUUCUAUGAUUCUAUUAAAGAAUUUCAUAAUAAAAUACGCAUCAUCAAGGUUGAGAAGAUGGUGAACAGCCUGCUGUACAAUCAGUACAAGCUGAAGAAAGCCAGCAUGCUGCAGACUUGCACCCAGGCUGACGUGGAGAGGACUCUGUACCAUGGCACAAGUGAAACUGGCAUGAGAGAGAUCUGUCUGCAUGGCUUCAACAGGAGCUUUUGUGGAAAGAACGCCACAGUGUAUGGAAAAGGAGUCUACUUUGCAGUGGAAUCUGCCUUGUCUGUGCAGGACCAGUACUCCCCUCCCAGUGAAGAAGGAUACAAGUAUGUGUUUGUCGUGAAGGUGCUGACUGGGGAAUACACCAAAGGGAACCACGAAAUGAAAACGGCUCCGCUGAAGGAAAACUCCCGCAUCCCGCUGCGUUACCACAGUGUGGUGGACAGCACAAUCUCGCCAGAGAUCUUUGUGAUCUUCAAUGACACCCAGGCCUAUCCCGAGUACCUUAUUACCUGCCAAAAAGUUUACGGCUAAAACCAUUUAUUUUUUUUUUUUUUUUUUAAGUUCUAAAAAAAAUGGCAUUCUGAAGUCAAUUUCUAAAAUAAUAUCUAACAUUGUAACAAAACAUUUUUUAUGCAAAUUGGGAACCCUAUGCUGCUCAUGCAGUUCCAGUUUACUUCAGCUUAAAGUGGUAAAAAGCUUCUAAGCAGUGAUUCUAAUCAGACAAGCAGCAUUGAGAUCCUUCCAAGCCAUGUAGAGGUCUUGCAUGAUUGAUCAGUAUGUGAUCCCAGUAGGUUUGCACAUAGCCUUCACUGAGAGCCCAGUAUGUUGUAGAUUUGUAUGAUUUUAUACAGCAUAUACUGUCUUACCAAAAAUGACACAUAUCGAUCUAUGGGUUUUAGAUCUGUCAUUCAUCUGCCCCACUGUUUCACUAUUGCAGGACAGAGGAGUAGUUUUUUUAGGCUUGGCUAAUCUUGGUUAUGACCUUCAGAGCCUAUAAAAGUAUAUUAGAAAUGAUGGGUUCUACUGCACAGUGUUAAGGGAAACAAUGGUAAAUGAAGCACUGUGUUAAUAAAGGUUUUAAAACCCAUUGUCUUGUCUCCUGCUAGCUUCAGCAGCUUUACCUCCAGUCCUGCUGGUUUUGAGUCGACACUUUUUUUUUUUUGGUUCUUCUGCCUGUAUGUGCCUAUUGCUGCCUGUUGCAUGCGGUCUUAUCUGCAGUGUAGGCUGUUGAUCUUGACUGUAUACCUUCGGAUUCUCUUUAAUUUGCCAGUCUGCUAAUAAAGCUGUGUUUUGGA